CGCGCUGUGAGAUAGUGCGCCGCUAUUGGCUGCGUCCGUUUGUGUGUCUACAGUGAGAGCGCAGAAGGACGGCCUCCGUGAGGCUUUUAAACGCACGUAUUUUCUCUUCUGGUGUGUCUUCCAAAGCACCUUUACAGGGUCAAAGAUGGACCUUGUGCUCAACGUUGCAGAUAAUUACUUCUUCACUCCAUAUGUGUAUCCUUCCUCGUGGCCUGAGGACGAGUCUCUGCGGCAGAUCAUCGGCUUGAUGGUGGUCACCAACCUGGGUGCUGCAAUCUUAUAUCUAGGCCUGGGUGCUUUGAGCUACUUCUUUGUUUUUGAUCACAAAUUAAAGCAACACCCUCAAUUUUUGGAGGUUUGUGAAGUUGGGUAUUGUUUGUGGUCUUUGCCCUGGAUCAGCAUACCAACAGUAGCAUUGUUUUUCGCUGAGGUCAGAGGAUACAGCAAACUGUACGACAGGGUCGAUGAAUCGCCCCUCGGAUGGCCAGGGCUGAUUUUCAGCAUGGUCUCUUUCCUGUUUUUCACUGAUAUGUGCAUUUACUGGGUUCACAGAUUCCUUCACCACAAGUUGAUAUAUAAGUAUUUUCACAAACCGCAUCAUGUGUGGAAGAUCCCCACUCCGUUUGCUAGCCACGCUUUCCAUCCUUUGGAUGGAUUUCUUCAGGGCCUGCCGUACCACAUCUACCCCUUCUUCUUCCCCCUACACAAGAUUCUCUACUUAGUCCUGUAUGUGUUCGUCAACAUAUGGACCAUCUCCAUCCAUGAUGGGGACUACCGUGUGCCCAGCCUGAUGGAACAAAUCAUCAACGGUUCAGCUCACCACACAGACCACCACCUUUUCUUCGACUACAACUACGGGCAGUACUUCACCCUGUGGGACCGCAUUGGAGGCUCCUAUCGCUACCCUUCAGCCUUCAUGGGGAUGGGGCCACACGACCACAUUAAAAAACUGAUGGCAGAAGGGAAGCUGAAUUCAAACGGCGUAAACAGCCAGACUAAUAAUAAAAAUGGUGUUCAUGUCAAGAAAGAGUAGGCAGGCAGAAUUAGCAUCAUGAAUGAGUUUCAAGGU